CUGCGACCUGGGGCCUGUUGCACAAAAGUAGAAUUAAGACAUCCGGGAUAAAUGACUCAGCUGAGCUCAAUGAAGCCAAAACAUGUGCGUCCAGGCUUAAUUGGUUGCACAAAGACCAAGCCAGGAUGAGCAGACACGGAUUCAUUAAGCCAGGUGAAACCAAUCCUGGAUAGGUGCGCGCUCACGGCUCACUCAAAUAGACCCCGCCACAGAUCACAGAUUAACUGAUUUACCAUGGCAACUAGAGCCGCGUACUUUUCCCCGUCGGAAGCACAAAUCCUCAUGGAGGCAUACGAGGAGGUAAAAGAUAUAAUUAAGAAGAAAGGCAACACCGCCACAGUGAUAAAGCAAAGAGAAAAAGCGUGGCAAAGUAUUGCAGACCGCCUGAAUGCGUAAGUAGUGCACAAUUACACACUCACCGCUCCGCUGAAACAUCACAAUUACAAUUCAAAUAUUUAAUUCACAUCUCCAAAAAUGCAGUUGUACUGUAAUUAUGAAACGGUUACAUUUUUAAUUGAAAUGCACUGCAGAUAUGAGUGAAAUUGUGUAAAGUAACUCCAUCACACUGUUUAAAGCUAUGAUACAUUCUUUGAUAUUUUUACUGAAAACAAGACAAAAAUACCAAGUAAUUUUUUGCAGUGUGACUCCAUUAAAUGUGUGUGUGUGUGUGUGUGUGUGUGUGUGUGUGUGUGUGUGUGUGUAGAUUAAACAUGAACGGGCCAAAACGGACAUGGCAGCAGGUCAAAAUCAAAUACAAGAACAUUCUGCAGAAUGGUAUGGUCCCUGACUAAUAUUUAACAAAGCACAAGCAUAUAUUGUACCCAGAAGGUGCCUGCUCACACAUUGUCUGUACUGUUUUAGCAGUGAAAAGAAUACCCACAGACAAGGCACGGGUGGUGGGUCACCAAAGGCUGACCUUACCCCAGCAGAGGACAUGGCCUUGGAGCUAAAUAAAGGCAGGCCCGUCUUAGAGGGGAUCCCUGGGGGAAAGAGACGAGCAUAGGUUCCUCCCAAGAUGCCACCCGCUUCAUUCAAGUGCCUGGCAGCACUGUGUUCCUGUUAGAGCCACCAGCACAAGCACCAGACGAUGCUGAUCCAGGUGAAGGCCCCAGUGCAGUAGCAACAGCACAUGAUGGAGACGAUGAUGAGGAGGAGACCAUCUCUCUGGAUUCCAGAAGGCAUGAGGUAUCAUGUUAAGACUGUGAAAGUACUAUUUACUCUACAAUGGUGAGGAGUCCUCAUCAAAAUCAAAAAUCUAAUUUCUUUUACAGGACCCAGAUGCUAUACAGUGGGAAAACCAGCCUGGCAACAUAGUGCGUAUUAAUAAAAGGACACCACAUCCUGCCAAAUUCCAGCUGCGCUAAUUGUAUUGUGUUCACAGAGCUCACAAGCUAUCAGAAAGUUGUAUGGCAACCACCUCCGGCGCCAAAUAGAACUGGCAGACAUAGACAUUCAGUACAAGAAGAAAAAGAUGGAAAAUCUUGCACUGGAGUCCGAAAUAAAAAAGAGGACAAUUAGGAAACUGGACCUUGAAAUAAAAAAACUUGAGAGGGAGCUCCAAGAAGAUGACACAGCUCAAAAUAAAAAUUAGCAAUCCGUACAACCAAGUCAUCGUUAUAAGGCAUCGCCCUCUUUGCCCCACCCCCCCAGCACCAGGUGUGGCCACUAGCCUAUAUGAAGGCCCAAAAUUGUGUGUUCCUUUCUGCUCUGACAAUGGCAUGCCCAUUCGUGCGAGAUGUGGUGGAUGAAGAAGCACUUGUGCUGAGGAGAGCCUUCAGGCGAGAAAGGGUCUUCAGGGACCGGUUGGACCCACUGGCCUUCCCUGAUGACCAUCUAUAUGAAAGAUACAGGUUUUCUGCAGAUGGCAUCAGGUAUCUAUGCAGACUACUGGGUCCCAGGAUUAAGCACCGCACUGCACGGAGCCAUGCACUGAGUGUGGAGCAAAUGGUUUGUGUGGCCUUGCGCUUUUUUGCUAGUGGAGCCUUCCUGUACUCAGUGGGGGAUGCAGAACAGCUGAACAAGGCCACAAUUUGCCGCACAAUAAGGAGUGUGUGUCUGGCUAUCAAAGCAUUAGCAGAUGUCUUCAUCUCCUUCCCUGGCCACAGAAGACUCUGUGACAUCAAAGAGGAGUUCUAUAGGAUUGCAGGUUUCCCCAAUGUCAUUGGUGCAGUGGACUGCACACACAAGGAUAAAAGCCCCCUCAGGUGCCCAUGAGGCCGAUUUUGUGAAUAGGAAAUCCUUUCACAGCAUUAAUGUUCAGAUGGUCUGCAAUGCUGACUGUGUGAUCAGCAAUGUUGUGGCAAAAUGGCCUGGCUCAGUCCAUGACUCCAGAAUCUUUCGGGCCUCUGAAAUCUAUCAGUGCCUAUCACAAGGUGAAUUCUCUGGUGUGUUGCUGGGAGACAGGGGGUAUGGCUGCCAGCCUUUCUCCUGACACCUUUCACAGACCCC